CCCGAACACCCCACGCACAUCCCCGUCUCCACGCGCAAAGGCCGAUCAGGCCACCGGUGUCAGCGACUUUCCUUUCUUGCGGACGAACCGGCUCUUGCUCAGCCGCAUUGGCAGGGAUGCUUUAGACGCAGGCGCGAAUCGACGACCUCGGCUGGAUGCCGUACCUGCUGAUCACCAUGCGGAGGCGCCGCCAAUUCGUCUCUCGCGCUUCCCAGCGCUCCUGAGCUUCUGCAACAUCUCGUCCACCCGCUAUUCUACCACCAUGAGUGCUUCGUUCAGACGAGUUAUCCCUUCUGUUCGCGUCGCGAAGCGAUGCUUUUCCACGUCCCCCGCUUCGCAGGCCGUGUGGGGUUUCGUAGGACUCGGUCGGAUGGGUUAUCCCAUGGCCAAAAAUCUCCGCGCAAAACUGCCCAAAGAAGAUACCCUCGUUGUGCAUGAUAUCAACAAGGACGCGACUUCGAGAUUGGUCAAGGAGGUUGGCGGCAAGGGUGGUGUGAAAGUGGCCGACACUGUGCGACAAGUCGCCGAGGAGUCUGAAACGGUUAUUACAGCCUUACCGGAGCCAAUACACGUGAGAAGCGUGUAUGCAUCCAUGUUGAAGCCGCCAGACCUUUUGCGGAAGGGUGCUGCGAAGGAACGUCUUUUUAUCGACGUAUCUACAGUCGACCCGAAAACAUCGCACAAUGUCGCCAAUGCAGCGUAUUCUUCUGGCCAGGGCAAGUUCAUCGACGCUCCCAUGUCAGGCGGCGUUGUCGGUGCUGAGAAAGGCACUCUGACCUUCAUGAUUGGGGCGCCGCCUGAACUGGUCGAUAGGGCGAAAGAGAUCCUGUCGAUGUUGGGCAAGCGGGUCAUUCACCUCGGCCCGCAGGGCUCUGGGCUCCAUGGCAAGCUCGCCAACAAUUAUUUGUUGAUGCUCAACAAUAUCGCCACAGCGGAGGCAAUGAACAUGGGUGUGCAGUGGGGCCUUGAUCCGAAGGUGCUAGCCGACAUGAUCAAUACCUGCACUGGGAAAUGCUGGCCCAGCGAGGUCAACAACCCAGUGCCCGGCGUCAUCGAAGGCUCGCCUGCCAGCAGAGGCUACGAUGGAGGGUUUGGCGUUCACCUAGCCAACAAGGACCUGAAGCUCGCGCUACAGGCGGCGCACGAUGCUCAAGUGAAAGUGGGCCUGGGAGAGCAUGCGAGGGAUAUAUAUGAUGCGGUGGAAGCGAACCCCGAGUGCAAGGGCAAGGAUUUUUCGGUGGUAUAUAGGUACUUGGGUGGCAGAGAAUAAGAAUUGAGAGGUGUGAUGUUGAUAGCGCC